AUGUUGUUCGACAUGAAGUCCGUCGUCCUCUACGGACUCAUGGCCCUCGUCCACGCCUCUCCCCUCUCCGAUCUCAGCAAGCGCGCCAAACUCGGCGACUUCCAAUGUCCCGACGACACACUAUCUGAACAUGACAUCCGCGAGGCCCUACACGAGUGCCGCAGACUCGACGACGGCUCCAUAGGCAAAUACCCGGCAUUCUUUGGCAACAAGAGCAAUAACCAAAAGGUAUUCGGCAAUAUUCCCGAUGGCACGGAUCUACGAGAAUUCCCCAUCAUCGUGGGCGGAGUGUACAGUGGUGGCGAACCUGGUCCGUGCCGCGUGGUCACAGACUACAAGGACAACCGUGGCGACUUCCGCGGUGUGAUGCAGCAUACUGGUGCUACUCCUGGCAGAGACAAAGAUGACAAGAACAAGCACGACAAGGACGAGGGAGACAUGAAGAGUAAUAAUGAGGAGCGCAGCGUCCAGGAGACUGAGACUGAGGUCGAGGAACCCACUGGCCACAUUGUCAGCGACCUGACCACCCGCAGCAAGAAGAGGAGACUUGGUAGCGCUACCUGCACCGACGGCGUCACGCUCUCCCACGAUGAUGUCGUCAAUGCGUUCAGGGAGUGCAAGAAGUGGGACGACCAUGGAAGGGGCGGGUAUCCCCACAAAUUCGGCAACAAGAGCGGUAACAGUCAGGUCUUUGAGGGCAUCACCAAAGACCUGCGCGAGUACCCUAUCAUUCAAAGUGGAACCUGGACUGGCGGCGAACCUGGCAAGUACCGUGUUGUCACCGACUACAAGGACAACUUUGAAGGAGUGAUGAUUGAGCAUGCUGGUGUUUCUUUCUCCCGCUGCACUAUCAACAAGGACUGA